AUGAGUCUCGCGACGCCCUCCUCGCCCUCGUCGGUGGGAAGCCGCGACGAGUAUGGCAUCGAUAUGCCCUCCAGCCCGUCGUGGGCUGGUGACGCCGUGUCCGGAGGAGAGGAAAGCGACGCAGCGAUGUCGAGCGACGAUGGGCAGGAUACUGCGUCCUACCUUCCUCAGUCGGCGCGGCCCAAGAUCAAACUGAAGCGGGGCAUGCCGGCCUUGCAUGAUACAGGGCUCGAUGUUGAGAGCCAAGGCGAGAGCGAGCCGGCCACGACGCCGAGUGCAUCGGUGCAUCUCGACACCGCCCCUCCUUCGGUGGACCCUGCGACGGGUGCGAAGCGCAAGCGGCCGAUCAAGCAGCUACGCGCCAAGCCGCUGCGUGCGGCGCUCGAGUCUCUCAUUGCUGCGUUUAAAAAGCGCGAUCCCUAUCUCUUCUUUCACGAGCCAGUGAAUGCCGACGAAGUCCCGGGCUAUCGCGAGGUGAUUGCGCACCCGAUGGACCUCGGCACAAUGGAAAGGAAGCUGCAGGAGCAGCAGUAUACCACGAUGGACAUGUUCCGCCACGACUUUUUGCUGGUGACCCAAAACGCGCAGACAUUUAAUCCCCCUACGUCGAUUUACCACACAGCGGCGCGCCGCCUCGAGGUGUGGGGCGUCCGUGCGAUCGAGCGGGAGGGGCUCAGCGUGGUGGAUGACGAUGCGUUGGCCUCGGACGACGUGCCGGCCGUCCCGCCGCCGUCGGCACGCCGCGCACGUCGCAAGGCUGCCGAGCGCCCGCUGCGGGAUAUGUCGGUGGGCGUGGGUACAGACGGCGAGGAAGGCACGCCGUCGAGCAGCAUCUAUGUACAGGAAUCCGGCCCGAGACGUACGAUGCGUAUCGGGAGCGCGCGGAGCACAAACUGGUCGAAUACACUGCCGGAAGGCGUGCCGGACACGCCGGAAACGAACCUCUUUCGCCGUACGCUGGCGUAUGCGGGCGUUUCGCCACAUACACUCACGGGAAAGAGCGCAUGCUCGGCGCGGAUGAAUGAAAAGGCCAAGUCGCGGCUGGGUCCGCUGCCGAGCUUCUUGGCGGAGCAGAGCGGCACAGCGAAUCCAAGCGAGGGCGAAGAGGCGGCGGUACAGACGUACACGUACGCCGACGACGGGUCGCUGGACCCGACCAAGCUCGCCAAUUUGUACGAAUACGCAGCCCAGGUCAUGGGCCCCGCGACGCUCCUUGCGCCGGCCAUCGAGUCGCUGCGCCAUCUGCCCAUGUCGCUUGCCGCGACGCCCGGGCCGAAUAAUGCGCAAGGCGAGGCCAGCUUUGUCUUUCCGCAUACGCAGCCCGGGCGCCCCGACCGCCUGAGUGCCGCGACGGUGAAAAAGCCGGCGGUGGACGAGGGAAACUGGAGCCAUACCUUCCAAGGGACGAGUGUACCGGAACACGACCGCCGCCUCCCGUUUGCGAUUGCAGGCGCAUCGGGGCCGCCCGGCCUUGCGCACGGCACGGCGCCGCCGCGCGAGAUGCAGGGCCUGCAUCCGAUGUGGCCUGUGCCGGCGCCGCCGCCGAUUCAGGACCCGCUGCAGUCUGGCCUGCGUCUGAACCGCCGCGAGCGCGAGCUCGAGCAGGAGCGCGACGAGCACAACUGGACCUUUUUCCGGCCGCACCUUUUGCGUCUGCUAGACGCGUGCGAUGUCGGCGUGUACGCCAGUCUUCCCGCGUGGGUCGCGUCGACAGCCGAUGAGCGCUCUCUGCGGCCGUACUCGAGUGUGGCGGGCGGCGCGCUGACCGAUGCGCUGCGCGAGUACCUCCGCGCGAUGCCGUAUCGCGCGCUGGGACUACCGCGGACCGCGCAGUAUGUGCCGCGCGCCUCGCUGCGCCAGCUCCCUGCGGCGCUGCAAAUUUCCAUGCAAGGCGCGCAAGAGUCGGAACGGCUGCUCGAGGUGGCGUACGGCGGCGUGCAAGGCGCAGCGUUUGUGCGCUCCAUUGCCGAGUUUAUCGGCGGAGCAGCGACCGGCAUCGAGCCCGUGGCCCGUGGCGAGCCCGCGGUGAAGCGCGAAGAGGCACCGGUCAAGAAGGAAGAGGAAGCCGAUGCGCCGUGGCCCCCUCCCCCCGCGUCGGCCUUCCCCGUGCCGGAGCCCGACACGCUGCCCACGUCGCUUGUCGAGCACGUCAAGAACCAGGUUGUGAACCCCCUGACGGGCGGCCUGACGCACUUUAUGGAGUGCAUUGGCGAGCAUCUCGCGCAGAUCCACGUCGGCCCUACCCCCCCCUCGCCGAACGACGAGCCGCUGUACCAGCUCCUGGACGAUGCCAACGGUACCGUGUCCUCGUCGCUGUGGCGUAUGCUGCAUCCUCACAGCACCGAGCCCCAGCCGAGUCUGCAAGAUAUGCUGGAUGGAUUACUGCAUGCAUAA